GAAGAAGAAAAUGCGGAAGUGUGCACGAUGUAAACAACCGACUCACCCAAGUAGCGUUACGAAUGAAAUCCCUAAUUUGAAGUGGUAAUGCCUUUAAAAGUAACACAUUGAUGUGUUAAUAAUAAUGCAGUGUCGCCAGUGAGAUUUCAGAUUUACAAGGUUGAGUCAAAGCUCGACUGGACGUUACUCCUUCUGUACGAACAUUUAAACGCUUGUUGUUUUAAUUUCUGUCAUGAAGUCUUCUUCUUUUGGUGCUUAAUCAUGUGCAUGUGUCUACUUUAACGUGAGAGCCAGCGGCGUGUGAUUCCUGCUGUCUGCGGCCACCAUGCCUUAUCUGGGCGGAGAGGACACAGUGAAGGAGCUGAGGAGAGCUCUGUCCAACCCCAACAUCCAGUCCGACCAGCUGCGCUACAGGAACACCAUCCUCAAGGUCAUCAGGACGAUGUCACAGGGGGUGGAUGUGUCCGGCCUGUUCAGUGAGAUGGUGAAAGCAUGUGCCACAGUGGACAUAGUCCAGAAGAAACUGGUCUAUGUGUUCCUGUGUGCCUAUGCCACUUUAAACCCAGAGCUGUCUCUGCUGGUCAUCAACACGCUGAGGAAAGAUUGCCAGGAUCCAAACCCCAUGGUCCGCAGCCUGGCCCUGAGGAACAUGACCAACCUCAGGCUACCCAGUCUGGUGGAGUAUCUGGAGCAGCCUCUGACAGCAGGACUAAGGGACAGAGCAGCUUGUGUACGACGAGUGGCUGUACUCGGCUGGGCCAAACUAUACAAUCUCCAACGCAGCUCUGACAUCGAUGCUGCAGUGGUGAAUGAGCUUUACAGCCUGCUGAGGGACCCAGACCCAGUGGUGAUGGUCAACUGCCUCCGAGCUCUGGAGGAGAUCCUGAAGGAGGAGGGAGGAGUCGCUAUUAACAAACCUAUAACCCAUCACCUCCUCAACAGGUUGAAGGAGUGUGAUGUUUGGGGUCAGUGCGAGGUGUUGAGGAUCCUCCAGCGCUACCGGCCUCAGUCAGAGGAAGAGCUCUUUGACAUCUUGUCCCUGCUGGAUGCCUCCCUGGUCAGCCCCCACCCCCCGGUCACGGCCGCUACUCUCAGCCUCUUCCUCAACCUCUGCUCCGGCCUGCCUGCUGUCAGUCUGGCGGCCCUGGAACGAGUACGUGGACCCCUGCUGGCCGCCUGUGGGAGCGUGUCCAGAGAGAUGAGGUUCACUGCCCUCUGCCACAUACAG